AUGCUGUCCAGCCAGUCCGUCGCCGGCAUCCCCCUAAGCCACGCGCCCGCGCCCACGAGCUACAAGCUGCUCGAGCUGCCGCCGGAGCUGCUCGCCCUCCUCGAGUCCGACAGCCCGCCCGCCCUGCGCCUCGAGCCCUCGCCCACCGCGGGGCUGCUCAAGACGCCCGACAAUAGGACCUGGUCCCUCCGCCAGAAGAACACCUCCAACGCCCUCAUCCUGCUGCAGGCCUCCUCCGGCUCCAACUCUGGCGAGGGCUCCGACGGGCCAUCCCUCAGCACUGUCGCCACCCUCCACGAGACCGUCGAGCUCGUCCCCGAGGCUGAGUCUGCCGCCGCCCCCGUCGUGGCCGCCAAGGGAAAAUGGCACGAGAGGUUCGGCAAGACCCGCUGA